CGUGGGUCUCAUCCACAUGUCGGCGAAAUGAUUCGAUUUGAAUGUCGGCAGUUUCAGCUGCUGGAGAAGUGAAAGGAAUGACAGACGGCACAGUCUGAGCUUAGUCAUGACGGUUAAAGUAGGCCACUUCUAAUAAUAACACAGACCGCCGAGGACCCUGCAAAACAAAAACAUGGAGGCAACACGCUAGAGAAACCAAGGACACUUACUCACACCAACAGAAAUGGAGGACCUUGAGCAGGAAGGCAUUAAUGAAGAGCUGAUUGAGUUUGCCAUUCUGGAGAGCAUUCAAGAUGCCUGCAAGCUGCAGUGUUCAGUGCCGGCAUACUGGAAACAGCCAAACAGUGAAAGCUUUGUGAAGAUAAUGACGGCAAUAGAUAAAGGUGAUGUGGCUGCGCUGCGGGAACUGUCGUGCUGCGCGUCUGCCUUCAGAGAGAGCGACAGCAGGGGCUGGCUUCCUCUGCAUGCAGCGGCUGCUCUGCCAAAGACAGAAAUGCUGCACGUGGUGCUGCAGGUGAUGGCAUCCAUGGACAUGACACUAGAAGAGCAGACGAAGGACGGGGACACGGCUUUGACGCUGGCAGCAGAAGCCGACCAAGUGGAAAACAUCAACCUGCUGCUGCGCCACGGAGCCUCGCCGCACAACACAAACAGCAGGAAUGAAUCUCCUCUGCUCCUCGCGGUGAGACAGAGCUCAUAUGACAGCGUUCAUUCCCUCAUCCUGAGUGGGGCCUUUGUGGAGCAGGUGUGUCUCACGAAGUGGACAGCGACUCAUGAAGCUGCAAAGGUGGGUUGUCCAGCUGUUCUGAUGCUGCUGCUUCGCCAUGGAGCCCAGGUUGCCAUGAGAGACGGUCAUGGUGUGACCGCCAUGGGAAUCGCAGCGGAGCACGGCCGGACCGAAGCCCUAGAAAUACUCAUACAGCACGGGGGAGACGUGAACGCCCGGGCCAGCAAUGGGGACACGGUCCUGUAUGACGCGUCUGGGUCAGGGAACCUGGACUGUGUCAGGCUCCUUCUGCAGCACGGAGCCAACCCAAACGUGGCCAGCUACGCCUGUCAGCUGCCCAUCCACAGGGCUGCAUACGAGGGACACAUGCUAGUCCUGAGAACUCUGAUCCCUGUCACCACAAAGAGAGCGAUCCGUCUCUCAGGCCAGAGCCCGGUCCACUCUGCUGCUGACGGGGGACAGACUGAAUGUCUCGAGCUCCUCAUCCAGAAUGGUUUUGACGUCAACACACAGCUAGAUAAACACAUCUCCGAGAACUAUGGCGACCUGAGGAAGACUCCUCUGUACUUUGCUGUCUCCAACGGCGACUUGACGUGUGCUGAGAUCUUGCUGAAAGCUGGAGCAAGAACAGACCUGGACCCUCUGCGAUGCAUCUUGGUAGCCGUUCGGGCAGAGAGGUAUGAGUUGGUGAAGCUGCUGCUGUCAUAUGGAGCCGAGGUGAACUGUUACUUCAGAGUGAUCAACAACACUGUGUUCCCCACUGCCCUCUGCUACUGCCUCAGAGACCACGACAUGCUGCGGCUGCUGCUCAACAGUGGCUAUCAGGCUCACAAAUGCUUUGAGUGCUUCCACAAUAAAAGUGAAGACUUGGACAGUACCUGGACUGACCUCCACGACCAGGCCUACAAGAUUUAUUGCCAGCCUAACGUCAUUCCAUUCUGCGAGUUCGUGUUCGUGUCGUGGCUCGCCCAUCUGGCAGGCAGCGUGGUGAGGAUUCUUCUCGACUACGUCAGCCACGUCAGCAUCUGUUCCAACCUGAGGCGCAUCCUGGAGAGGACUCCUGAGUGGGAGGAGAUUUCCGCUGUGCUGGGAGAACCCCGCCCCCUGCAGCACUUGUGCCGACUCGUGAUCAGAGGCAGAAUGAACAUCAGGAUGCUGAGCGACCCAGAGGCCAUGGAUGGUGCUCCCUUUCCUCCCAGACUGAUCGGCUACCUGACCUACAGGGCGGUCGACCCCUACGGGGGGCUCUAAUGAUAACAAGAUCCGAUCUGCAGUGACAAGCUGGGAAUUUUGUAAAUGUGUGCAUUUCAUGCAGUUUUUUUUUUUUGUCACAACUUCACAGUUUUUACCUAAAGCUACACUUUCCUGUAUUUAUACUGUUUAUGACAUUGUUGUAAAAGUUGCUAAAGUAGAACCAGAAGAGAGGAAAAAUGCAUGCAUGAGAAAUAAAAUAAGUGACAUCUGGUAAAUCUGCUUCUCGCAUAUCAGUAAUCAGAUGCCUGCAAAGGUAUCAGCCAAAGAAUACCGUUAAAUUGAUAAAAUAAUCUGCAGAAAAGUGCAACAGACUUUGAGACAAACCUGCAGAGUCUAUGUGAAUGCAUUUUAACACCAGUGAAGCUGAUGUGGAGCACAUUUCUUUUAU